CAGUUCGGAGAGGCAACGGGAGCAAGUGUGUGCGAUUUGACAGAGCAGAACAGAGACGGCAGCAGUCUGGCUUCAUUUGAACUGAAGUUGCAAGAUAACAGUAAAAGCUCAGGCACUAGAGGGGUGUUAGAAGCCGAGGGACUUUUGAGGUUAGUGUAUUUAAGACUUAAGAAAGAAGACAGCCGCAUAAACAGCGUUGGAUCGUAAGAAGAGGAGAGGGGAAUAUGAACGAUAUUAAAAUCGCAGUGCUAGGCAGUGAUGGAGUUGGGAAGUCGGCACUGAUUGUGAGGUUCCUGACGCGGCGGUUUAUCGGUGAAUACGCAUCCGCUUCUGAGUGUGUCUACAGAAAGCGCUUGUCCAUCGAUGGGAAGCACAUGAAUAUUGAAAUCUACGACCCCUGUUCACAACCCUGUGAUGGAAGAUCAUCGCUGAACGAUCAAGUGCACUGGGCGGAUGUCUUUGUGGUGGUAUAUGACAUCAGUGACAGGUCCUCCUUCAUAACUGCAAAGGCCAUUGUACAGCUCAUACGAGACCUGCAUCUGGGAGCGGCAAAAAGAGAUGGCGAGUCCGUGGUGUUCUUGGUUGGCAACAAGCAGGAUCUGUGCCACGUGAGGGAGGUCGAUCGAGAGGAGGGGCAGAGGCUGGCAGCUGAGGCCAAGUGCCAGUUCUACGAGCUAUCAGCAGCAGAGCACUACCAGGAGGUGGCGCUCAUGUUCUCGAAAGUGGUGAGGAAUGCCAGCCUCAGCGUCAAAGCCAAGGACAAGAGGAGGCCCAGCAGCACCAAAUCCAUGGCCAAGCUCAUCAACAAUGUUUUUGGGAAAAGGAGGAAAUCCGUGUAAUAUGGGCUGGACCACUGCAAAACACACACAAGGACUGCACUACAACCGCAUGCUGUCCAAUAUGGGCUGGGAGGAAGCACAUGGGCGUGCAUCCACUGAAUGUAUGUUAUUUUAUUGCAAGUUAUUUUGUGCAGUUUGAGUAUUGUAUUGCAUUGUCCUAUGGAAGUCUGGUCUCAAGUGAAAGGAUGUCUGGUAAGUGAGCUCAGCUCAGACAUCUCCAAACCCAUAACCUUGCAGAUAAAUGGGUCAGGAGGGAGGUGCACUCUCUUGCUUGUACCUGCUCUGCAAUAGGAGUCUUCUUCCCAUCCUUGUACAUCUAUAGAUGUGCCAAUGUCAUCCCUGUGCUCAGAACAUAUGACGCAAUUCCAAAGUUAAAAAAAACUAAAAAAAAAGUUUCUUAUGUUAGGAUUAUAAUACUUGCUAUUGCGAUAUGUAAUAAUUAUGUUGUGCAUAAGAGAGAUUAUUUCAUAUCUUAUAUCAUUUAAAAACGCUUAACUUGCCAUGCACUACAUCUACCUGCGAUGUUGAUUUCCAGUUAUAUGCUUGCUUGCUAAAUAUCUUGGUGUCCCUGAAUAGAUAAUCUUCUCUAAGAUUAAGCCCCCUGCUUUAUUAAGAAAGCUUUCUGUUAGAUUGCAGUGGUGACCGGUUAAGAACAAACACCCCAUCCAGUCAUUCUGCAUUGUUAGGAGCAGGAGAACAUUGCGGGGACUGCAGCACUAACAACCAUGCACUUGGAGAGAACCAUAACCGACUCAGGGUUAGCAAGACCUUAUGCCAAGCCCCAGCCUCCCAUUUGUAAAUGUGCCAGGCAGGCAAGUUAAACACACUGUGGGUAUCAAUCCCUUUAGUUUAGUGUUUGUAUAUCCUUGAUGCAAUAGUAGAUUAAAGCAUUAGUGUUAUCUGUCUCCUUUAAGUGCACUCCAAACAAAACUGACUCUUUCGAACUAGCAGUGAUGUAAAGCUUCUAUUUUGAUUACAGAUUGAAUGUGGAAUGAUAUAUAUCUCUGUUUCUGUGUAAGUAAAUAUUUAAACUCUGCCAUCACUAAUGUAAAUAGUUCAGUACAAUUUACUGAAACUUAAAAUGAAUGCUUUCAUUGAGAACUGUUAGCUGUGAUAUUGCUUUUCAUGUCUAUAGCUGCUGCUGCUGCUGCAUGCAGAGGGGUGGGGAGCGGGGGUCUUGCUUUGAUUGUAUACUACGCAGAAUCUGGGGUCGCACACGGCAAGAAAAAGAAAAUGCUUGCCAACUGCUGCAAUCAAACCGUGCUUUCAUGUUAUUGUAAUAAAUGAGAAUGUGGAUUGCUAUUUAAAGGUCAUGGCUUCUAAAUUUAUGUAUGGCUGCAGUCGAAUCCUGUGAUUAAAAACGCAUCUGUUUCUUGAUAAAUGUGCCGUCUCUUUGCAUCUCUAAAGCAAGGCUGUCAGAUCCAGAUCGAUCGCAAAUAAGCAGGAUGUAAUGAAUUCCAUUGUUCUGAGGAAUAUUUUUUAACAGAUGUUUGAUGAUGAUAAGCAUCACCAUUUUUAAUGCCUCCAGAAAUAAAUCUUCCCCCAAUCUAAAA